AUGUUUUCUCCGAAACGACUUGAUGACACUCAACAAGGUCUUUCUUCUCAAAAUGACUGGUCUCAUGCCCCUUUACAUUCAUACACACCUUCGGAUUCCACUGAUGCCCCUGCAUUUCCAUCCCCAUUAGGUGCAGCCAGUUGGAGCCAUGAUGGCUUUUCCCACGACCCGGGCUUCCUAGCAUCGCAGGAGGAGCUCCGAUGCAUGCUCUUCAAUAUCGCACAUUCUGCUGCCCCGACCCGCGCACCGACACCAGAAAUCCAAGGUACAGCACACUUGCAUGACCGGUCGCGGACACCAACCCGUCCUGUGCUGUCAAGCCCCCGUCGCAUUGAGUAUUUGAAGAACUACGUUGGGCAGGUGGCGCCUUGGCUGGAUAUGUUCGACUCGCAAUGCACCUUUAGAGUACAGAUUCCGGCACUCGCCCGAUCGUUCCCCGCGUUGAUGAACGCAAUUCUCGCAAUCUCCGCCCGACAAAUGGAAAGGAAGGAGGGGAUUCAAGACUCUUUCGACAGUUUGGAAUUAUAUCAGGAAGCGAUUCGUCUGCUCAGUCCGCUUCUGCAAAUGCGUGAUCCAAAGGUGGUCGCAGCCUGCGUUCUGUUGUGCUGCCUCGAGAUGAUGUCGGCGCGCGCGCAAGAUUGGCAACGUCACUUGGAGGGAUGUGCGGCACUUUUCGACGCCUUCGAGAUGAAUGGGUUCAGCAGCGGUCUUUUACAGGCAGUGUUUUGGUGCUACGCGCGCAUGGACCUAUGUGGUGCGCUGAUCUCUGAUGGGACCCAGAGCACUCUUCUUCGACCCAGUAAAUGGCUCGCACCUGGAUGUCACGAAGAUGAUGCCCUCCACCUCUUUCAAGCUGCCCAGUCGCCAGACAUGUACGCCAAUUACGCCGUCUACCUCUGCGCCAAGGCAUGUGAGUUGGUGGCCGAUCGGACUCAAUUCGUGGAGCUCGGUGUAAAAAAUGACUGCACCGGCGAGGUCUUUAAUCGCCGCUGGAUCCGACUCUGGGAUGACCUGCAGCAUUGGCUUGACAGCCGACCGCCAGAAUUAUUACCCGCCCAUACCACCACGACCAAACUCUUUCCGCACAUCCUGUUCUUGCAAUGGGCAGCUAUCUCCUCAAACCAGCUAUAUCAUACGGCGUGCAUUUUGUUGCUUGACAUGAUACCUAAGUCAAUGAAUCUGCCGUCAACGCCGGCUGUCUCCGCAUUGUGGCAUGCGAGGCGCAUCUGCGGCAUCUCGCUUGCAAAUCCUCAUCAGGGGUGCCUGAACAAUGCCAUUCAGCCAUUGUGGAUUGCUGGUCGGUUGUUUAGCCAUGCGUCGGAACACGCCAUCAUCGUCGAUGUAAUCCGCCAUAUAGAAGCAGAGACUGGAUGGGGCGCUUGUUGGCGCAUCCGAGAUCUGGAACUUGCUUGGGGGUAUGCAGCAUCACGCCCCGACCGAGCUACGAGGCCUUGA